AUGGUGAGCUGCAGCCCAGCCCCCAGAAACAACUACAUCAAGACCUCCAAGUACAACAUCAUCACCUUCCUGCCUAUCAACCUCUUCGAGCAGUUCCAGGAAGUGGCCAACACCUAUUUCCUCUUCCUUCUCAUCCUGCAGCUCAUCCCACAGAUCUCUUCUCUCUCCUGGUUCACCACCAUGGUGCCUUUGGUUCUUGUCUUAACCAUCACAGCCGUCAAAGAUGCCACUGAUGACUAUUUCCGCCAUAGAAGCGACAACCAGGUGAACAACCGGCAGUCUCAGGUGCUGAUUGGCGGAGUCCUCCAGCAGGAGCAGUGGAUGAAUGUCCAUGUUGGAGACAUCAUCAAGUUGGAGAACAACCAGUUUGUGGUGGCUGAUCUCCUCCUCCUCUCCACCAGUGAGCCCCAUGGCUUGUGCUACAUAGAGACAGCGGAGCUGGAUGGAGAGACCAACUUGAAGGUGCGACAGGCCAACCCUGUCACCUCAGAGCUGGGGGACACUAGCAAGCUGGCUCUGUUUGAUGGUGAGGUGAUCUGUGAACCCCCCAACAACAAGCUGGACAAGUUUGUUGGGACGCUGUACUGGAAGGAGAACAAGUACCCCCUGAGCAACCAGAACAUGCUGCUGAGGGGCUGCGUGCUGCGCAACACCGAGUGGUGCUUCGGCCUCGUCCUCUUCGCAGGGCCCGACACGAAGCUGAUGCAGAACAGCGGCCGGACCAAGUUCAAGCGGACGAGCAUCGACCGGCUGAUGAACACGCUGGUGCUCUGGAUCUUCGGGUUCCUGGUGUGCAUGGGGGUGAUUCUGGCCAUCGGCAAUGCCAUCUGGGAGCACGAGGUGGGCAUCUGCUUCCAGAUCUACCUGCCCUGGGACGAGGGGGUGCACAGUGCCUUCUUCUCCGGCUUCCUCUCCUUCUGGUCCUACAUCAUCAUCCUCAACACUGUGGUGCCCAUCUCUCUCUACGUGAGCGUGGAGGUGAUCCGUCUGGGACACAGCUACUUCAUCAACUGGGACAAGAAGAUGUACUGUGCCAAGUGCCAGACGCCAGCUGAGGCCCGGACCACCACCCUCAAUGAGGAGCUGGGGCAGGUGGAGUACAUCUUCUCUGACAAGACUGGCACCCUCACCCAGAACAUCAUGGUCUUCAGCAAGUGCUCCGUGAAUGGGCACAGCUAUGGUGACAUUCAGGACGUGCUGGGUCACAAGGUAGAGCUGGGAGAGAGACCAAAGCCCAUCGACUUCUCCUUCAACCCACUGGCAGACCCACGGUUCCAGUUCUGGGACCCCAGUCUGCUGGAAGCUGUCACACUGGGAGACCCCCACGUGCACGAGUUCUUCCGCCUACUCUCGCUCUGCCACACUGUCAUGUCUGAGGAGGAGAGCGAAGGGGAGCUCUACUACAAGGCUCAGUCCCCGGAUGAGGGGGCACUGGUCACAGCUGCCAGAAACUUUGGGUUUGUGUUCCGGUCCCGCACACCCAAGACCAUCACGGUGCACGAGCUGGGCCGAGCCAUCACCUACCAGCUGCUGGCCAUCCUGGACUUCAACAACAUCCGCAAGCGCAUGUCGGUCAUCGACGACGAGGUGGAGCAGGACAUGAUGCUGCUGGGGGGCACUGCCAUAGAGGACAAACUGCAGCAGGGGGUCCCUGAAACCAUUGCCAUCCUGACGCUGGCCAACAUCAAGAUCUGGGUGCUGACGGGGGACAAGCAGGAAACGGCCGUGAACAUCGGCUACUCCUGCAAGAUGCUGACGGACGACAUGACGGAGGUGUUUGUGGUCACAGGCCACACGGUGCUGGAGGUGCGGGAGGAGCUCAGGAAAGCCCGGGAGAAGAUGAUGGAUGGGUCACGCUCCAUGGGCAACGGCUUCUCCUACCAGGAGAAACUUUCCUCCUCCAAGCUCACCUCCGUGCUGGAAGCCAUCGCUGGCGAAUAUGCUCUGGUCAUCAACGGGCACAGCCUGGCCCAUGCUCUGGAGGCUGACAUGGAGGUGGAGUUCCUGGAGACGGCAUGUGCCUGCAAGGCUGUCAUCUGCUGCCGUGUCACACCCUUGCAGAAGGCCCAGGUGGUGGAGCUGGUGAAGAAGUACAAGAAAGCUGUGACCCUGGCCAUCGGGGAUGGGGCCAAUGAUGUCAGCAUGAUCAAGACUGCCCACAUCGGGGUGGGCAUCAGCGGGCAGGAGGGCAUCCAGGCCGUGCUGGCCUCUGACUACUCCUUCGCCCAGUUUAAGUUCCUGCAACGCCUGCUCCUGGUGCACGGGCGCUGGUCCUACCUGCGCAUGUGCAAGUUCCUCUGCUACUUCUUCUACAAGAAUUUUGCCUUCACCAUGGUCCACUUCUGGUUUGGCUUCUUCUGCGGCUUCUCAGCACAGACAGUGUAUGACCAGUACUUCAUCACGCUGUACAACAUCGUCUACACCUCACUGCCCGUGCUCGCCAUGGGUGUCUUUGACCAGGAUGUGCCGGAGCAGCGGAGCAUGGAGUACCCCAAGCUCUAUGAGCCUGGGCAGCUCAACCUGCUCUUCAACAAGCGGGAGUUCUUCAUCUGCAUCGCCCAGGGCAUCUACACCUCUGUCCUCAUGUUCUUCAUCCCUUACGGCGUCUUUGCUGAUGCCACCCGUGCCGAUGGUGCCCAGCUGGCUGACUACCAGUCCUUUGCUGUCACCGUGGCCACCUCCCUCGUGAUCGUUGUCAGCGUGCAGAUCGGGCUGGACACGGGCUUCUGGACAGCCAUCAACCACUUCUUCAUCUGGGGCAGCCUGGCCACCUACUUCGCCAUCCUCUUCGCCAUGCACAGCGAUGGCCUCUUCCAGAUGUUCCCCAACCAGUUCCGCUUUGUGGGUAAUGCACAGAACACGCUGGCCCAGCCCACAGUCUGGCUGACCAUUGCUCUCACCACCGUGGUCUGCAUCAUGCCCGUCGUGGCCUUUCGCUUCCUCAAGCUGGACCUGAAACCGGAACUCUCAGACACGGUGCGCUACACUCAGCGGGUUCGGAAGAAGCAGAAGGUGGACCAGGUGACAACGACGUGGCUGGACAUCCAUGAUGCCUGGCGGGGGACACCGCACGUGGUGCAGGUGCGGGCACAGGAGGAGUUUGGCCACGGCUCGUGGAGCGAGUGGAGCCAGGAGGCAAUGGGCAUCCCCUGGACAGUUCCCCAUAGAGGAUGA